AUGUCCGAAAACUCGUGUUUACUAAACUUCACGUCACAGAUGAUCGUCGUUGCAAGCUCGAGCAUUCUCUUGACUAUUUUCAUCAUUGCCAUUAUUUCAUAUAGAUACAGAUGGCACCUUCGCUAUUUCCUAUAUAUGUUUAAUAAUCGGAGACGAGAAGAGGAUCCACAAGUAAAUGAGGAUCAGUUUUUGUACGAUAUAUUUGUUGUGUAUUCAUCGGAGGAUUCUGACUGGGUACUUGACAGACUUCUUCCAAAGCUGGAAGAGGACCUCGGCUUCAGGGUGUGUGUCCAUGAACGAAACUUUGUACCUGGAAAACUGAUCGUAGACAACAUCAUGGCGAGUAUCGACAGCAGUAAAAGGAUUAUAGUUGUCCUGUCGAACAGCUUCUCACAGCGGGACUGGUGUCAGUUUGAACUAAAUGUCCAGAGACACGUGUUGGAGAAGGGUCAAGACUUGCUGGUCGUGGUGGUGCUGGAACAACUUAACAACCGUCACUUGACCCCCACGAUGUUCACCAUGAUGCAGACGACAACAUAUAUCACGUGGCCCGAUGACGUGGAUUCCGAAGAGGGAUUCUGGGACAAUUUAACUAUAGCUGUUCGAGGAGGGUGAUCUAAA